UUGAAAUUUACGGCUUUGUAGCAGACAGAUAAGGGACAGCGAGCGUGGUAAUGCCCUAUAAAUACAAUUAGAUUGUGGAUGAGCACAAUCAGCAAAUUAACAAGCCUUGCUCUUCUAUCUUGAGUGAAACAUGGGGAAGUUUUUGAAAAAUGUGGGUGUGUCUGUUAUGGCGGUGUUGAUGGUGAUGGUGGUGGUGGGAAUAGCAGAGGGGCGCCGAAUUGAGAAGGAUACGUUUGGUGAGAAUGGUGGCGGUGGUGGAGGUCUUGGAGGAGGGGGAGGAUUUGGAGGUGGUGCAGGAGGAGGUGGGGGUGUUGGAGGUGGUGCGGGCGGAGGAUUUGGUGGUGGUAAGGGUGGCGGAGUAGGAAUAGGAGGUGGCAAAGGAGGAGGGGGUGGCUUUGGAGGGGGUGUAGGAGGAGGUGGUGGCGCUGGUGGCGGUGCAGGUGGUGGCCUUGGAGGUGGUGUAGGUGGAGGUGGUGGUGGUGGUGCUGGUGCUGGUGGAGGCGCCGGUGGUGGCUUUGGAGGUGGCAAAGGAGGGGGCGUAGGUGGAGGUGUUGGUGGGGGUGCUGGUGGAGGUGUUGGUGGUGGUGCUGGUGGAGGCGCAGGUGGUGGCAAAGGAGGGGGCGUAGGUGGAGGUGUUGGUGGGGGUGCUGGUGGAGGCGCCGGCGCCGGAGGUGGCUUUGGAGGUGGCAAAGGAGGGGGCGUAGGUGGAGGUGUUGGUGGUGGUGCUGGUGGAGGUGCUGGUGCUGGUGGAGGCGCCGGUGGUGGCUUUGGAGGUGGCAAAGGAGGGGGCGUAGGUGGAGGUGUUGGUGGGGGUGCUGGUGGAGGUGUUGGUGGUGGUGCUGGUGCUGGUGGAGGCGCCGGUGGUGGCUUUGGAGGUGGCAAAGGAGGGGGCGUAGGUGGAGGUGUUGGUGGGGGUGCUGGUGGAGGCGCAGGGGGUGGCUUUGGAGGUGGCAAAGGAGGAGGUGUUGGUGGUGGUGUAGGUGGAGGCGGUGGUGCUGGGGGAGGCGCUGGUGGUGGCAUUGGAGGUGGGUCUGGAGGUGGUGGAGGAAUUGGAGGAGGCGCCGGUGGUGGUGCAGGAGGAGGAUUUGGUGGUGGUGGGGGUGCUGGAGGUGGCGUUGGGGGUGGAUUUGGAGGUGGCAAAGGAGGUGGUGGAGGAAUCGGAGGAGGCGCCGGUGGUGGCAUUGGCGGUGGGUUUUAGUUAAGAGGCUAGUACUACAAUCCUACUGUACGUGCAUGGCCAGCAUGAGAGUAGAAACCGUUUGCAACUUCUUGUAUUAUGUGGGCCAAGUAUUCCCGCUCAUUAAUAAAUAAAUAAAAGAAUUUAAAAAAAAAAAAAAAAAGUUCUACUACUAA